UAGAACCCAUUUGACUUUUCAAACGAUAGCCACUGAAAGGCACAGCAAAAUUGUGCUCUCCGCCUCCCCCACUCACCUCACUCACCCGCCGGUCCGCUGUUAAUAUUUUUUUUUUUUCCAAACUAAUUUAAAAAAAUAAGAAUGCUGCUUCUACGCCGCUGUCAAAGGCUGAACCUCCGGCCAUUAGUGCGCCUCUGUUCCGCUGAACUUAUCCACAAGGAUGGUUUUAUUGAGAAGCUGCGACACAGCUUCGAUGAGGACGAGCGCAGCAAUCUGGUGGUGCCGUCGUUCAAGAAGGCCAUGCUCUAUCCGGACGAGAUUGCCGUGAAGGACAUCAAUGGAGAAUACACCUAUUUCCAGCUAUAUCUGACCGCCAAGCGACUGGCCAUACAGAUAUCCAAUAUAUGCGGAAGUGCCUCCUUGUCGCAUGUGACCUACCUCUGCUCCAAUAAUGCACUCUGGGUCGUCAUCCAGUGGAGUAUUUGGAUCUCGGGCCAGGUGGCGGUGCCCCUGGAAUCGAGUCAGGCGAUGGAUCAACUAAUGCGCCAUGCCUCUAGCUGCAAGACCAAGCUCCUGAUCGCCACACCGGAGUUUGAGCCAAUUGCCCAGGAACUGGCCCAGGGUCUCAAAUCGGCCACGAUCGUGCUGGAUCACACGUUUGUUCCGACGGCGGAGAGCAUAUCAUCCACGUCCAUGUAUGCCAAGCAGCUGGUGGGCACCCAGGGCGUUGUCCUAACCGAGAGCACCCUUCCUAGUGACUUUUAUGCUGGAGCUCCGGCUAUGCUGCUCCAUACGCCCAACACUAUCAACAAUCCCAAGCCGGUGCUGCUCACCCAUCGGAAUAUCGAUGCACAGAUGCGAUGUUUGAUUGGAAGUUGGCGCCUAAGUUCCUCGGACUGUUUGUUUCCCAUUCUAUCCAUGAACCGGAUGCAAGUCGCUGUCGGUGCGAUUUUGAAUGUUGGCGGCAACGUUGUCCUGCAACAGAAGUUCGAUGGAAACAACGCCUGGAGUGCCCUGCUGGGGAUCAAUAGCCCCUCGAAGCAGCGUGUCAGCCUCUUUCUGGCCAUGCCCAUUGUCUACAAACGUCUGAUAACCGAGUACGAGAAGAUGUUCUCCAAGGACUCACGUAUGGUCGACUACAUUAACAAUCACUGUCGCCAGAAGAUCCGUCUGAUGGGCACCGCAUAUGGUCUGCUCUCGGACGCGGUGUUCUAUCGGUGGCGUGAGAUUACGGGACAGAAUAUAUACGAGUACUACGGGAUGCUGGAAACGGGUCUGGUUCUGGGCCACACCAUAGAGGAACCAGCGGCCGAUGGAGGCAGAGUAUCGACAAUGGCAGUGGCAAGAGGAGGUGCCACCGGCAGUCCCAGCCGUAAAGCGGCGGCGGCUGCCCUUCUAAACGACUAUCGGCCCGGGACACUGGGUGCCCCAUUGAAAGGGGUCACUGCUCGUUUGAUUAGCAACAAUGGAGCCGAGCUUAUAACAUGUAAGAAUGAACUGGGCGGACCAGUGGACCACGGGCUCAUCCAAAUGGCGGACAUGGGCGGCAACAUUGCACAAACGGUUAUCGGAGAACUGCAGAUUUCCGGUGCCCAUUUGGUGGGCAAGACCAAUGUCCCACCAUCCGCUAACCAGCAAAUGGAACCGGGCACCACCGAUCAGAAGUACUCGAAUGAUGGCUUCUUCAAGACGGGUGACAUUUGUGCCUACCAGGAUGGUAAUUUCCAUUUUCUGAGCAAAAGAAGUGAUGUCUUCACCGUCGGUGGAUACAAAGUCUACGGUUCGGAGAUCAAAAGAGUACUCAUUUCCCAUCCAAACAUCAAUGAUGUCGCCGUACUGGGCAUUCCCCAUAAGUUGUGGGGCCAUCGAUUGGGCGUUAUAUGCAUUAUAUCGCCCGAUGCCGAUAUCGAUCUGGAUGAUAUUAAGACCUAUUGUUUCCGUCAUUUGCCGGCUCACAAGUGCCCAUCCGUUUUCAAGACAUUGGUGUCCAAGUAGGGCCCUAAGUGUCACCAUGUUUUCUGUCCGUUUUCGAGUCCUGGUCUUCCAGAAGUCCCCAAAACAGUCGGAAUUCAAUGAAAAAAUUCAAGUGAUGAUUAACCAUGGUUGGUUCGCCAAAAAAAAUAAAGAACUUUUCUAAAGA